AGACUUUUGCUCAAAUUGAUGAGUUUUUCCAUUUAAAAGACACAAGCCACCUUCUUCUCCACACAAAAAAAAAAAGGAGAAGAAAAAAGAAAAGAAAAAGGUAUGAUGGUUCGAUUCCAUUGUUAUUUCUUCUGCUUGAUUUUCGUCCUACUUCACACUCUUGCUUCUUCUACGCUCAACCAUUGCCGCAACGACCAGAGGGAUGCUCUUUUGGAAUUCAAAGAUGAGUUUCCGAGUCUUUUUGAGUUAAGCUCAUGGAACAAGAGCAGUGAUUGUUGUUCUUGGGUGGAGGUCACUUGCGAUGCCAAAUCUGGCAAGGUGAUUUUACUUGAACUUCCUUCCACCUCUCUUAACAGCUCUUUAAAACCAAAUAGUAGUCUUUUCAAACUCAAACAUCUUACUAAGUUAUCCCUUUACAAUUGUAGUCUCUAUGGAGAGAUUCCUUCUUCAUUAGGAUACCUUUCUCGUCUCACAAUUCUUGACCUUUCCUAUAAUAAUUUAGUAGGUCAAAUUCCAGCUUCAAUAGGAAACCUUUCUCUUAUUUCAUCUCUUGACCUUUCUAAUAAUAGAUUAGUAGGCCAAGUUCCUACUUCCAUCGAAAAGCUUUUUCAUCUCGAAUGGCUUGUGCUAUCUAAUAAUCAAUUAGUAGGUAAAGUUCUAGCUUCAUUAGGAAACCUUACUCAACUAUACUACUUAGGCCUUGGCAAUAACAACUUCAGUGGCAAUAUUCCUGUUUCAUUUUCCAAUUUAACGAAACUUAAAGAAGUGUACCUCAAUAAUAAUUACUUUGAAUCCAUGCUUCCACUUAACAUGAGUGGCUUCCAAGAAUUGUCUUAUUUUGAUGUGGGAGAAAACUCAUUUUCCGGGCCUUUUCCUUCAUCAUUGUUCACACUUCCUUUGUUAAUGAAGGUUUUCAUGGGGAGAAACAAUUUCACAGGACCUAUAGACUUUGGGAAUAUAUCUUCAUCAUCUAACCCGGGGCUGGUUUUAUACCUUGAUCAUAACAAAUUCGAUGGGCAAAUACCCGAAUCUAUAUCUAAGUUUCUUGAUGUAGAUUUUAGUUACAACUCUUUUAGUAGUUUUGGAAAAUCAUCGGAAGUUUUAGAGGAAACACAAAUCCAGCAGUUGGAUCUUAGCUCAAAUUCCUUCCGAGGACCAUUGCCCCAGUGGAUAUGUAAGCUUAGAUCGUUAGACUUCUUAGAUUUGUCCAAUAAUAGCUUUAGUGGCUCAAUUCCUCAAUGUUUAAAGAAUUUAACAGUUUCACUUAACCAGCUACUUCUGAGUAAUAACAAUUUCCGUGGAACUCUUCCGGAUAUGUUCGUCAAUGCCACCAAUUUAAAAGUACUUGACGUUAGCCGCAACCAGUUGGAGGGAAAACUUCCAAAAUCAUUGAUUAGUUGUAAUCAUUUGCAAUUUUUGAAUGUGCAAAUGAACAUAAUCAAGGACACGUUUCCAUUUUGGUUGGGUUCUCUACCAUCGUUAAACGUCCUCAUCCUCCGAUCAAACCAGUUCUAUGGGCCGGUAUAUCAGCCCCAUUUAUCCGCUGGGUUUCAAAAUUUAAGAGUCAUCGAUAUAUCACACAAUGGCUUUAGUGGAUCAUUGCCGCCUUCCUAUUUUUCUUAUUGGCAUAACAUGGCCAGAAUCGUCGAACAAGAUUACGAUGAUGAGAACUUAGGCAACCCGAGGUAUGGUAUCGACUAUCAUAAUUCGAUGGAAAUGGUGCAUAAAGGAGUAUAUACAGAAUUUGAGCGGAUUAGAAGGGACUUCAGAGCCAUUGACUUUUCAGGAAACAAUUUUUUCGGAAAUAUUCCCGAGUCUAUUGGUUUGUUGAAGGAAUUGCGUGUUCUCAACUUGUCAAAUAACGCAUUCACAAACAAUAUCCCGAAAUCAUUGGCAAGUUUGACAAAGCUUGAGGCAUUAGACCUGUCCCGGAACAAUCUGUCUGGUCAGAUUCCUCGAGAUCUUGGCAACCUCUUCUUUUUAUCAAUCAUGAACUUCUCCCACAACAAUCUUGAAGGUCCAGUACCACAAGGCACACAGUUUCAGAGGCAAAAUUGUUCUUCGUUCAUGGACAACCCCAAACUCUACGGUCUUGAGGAAAUAUGUAGAGAAACUCAUGUUCCUAAUCCUAUACCACAAAAAUCUGAGGAUAUGUUGGAGCCAAAAGAACAAGUGAUUAAUUGGAUAGCGGCAGCGAUAGCCUAUGGACCUGGUGUCUUCUGCGGUUUGGUGAUUGGACAUAUCUUUACUUCUCACAAACAUGAGUGGUUCAUGGAAAAGUUUGGUCUAAACAAGCCAAGAGGAUUUAUCUCAAGUACUCAUUAAGUCGAUCUCUUAAGUUUCUUUGAGUGUAGGUGAAACACAUUUGUCUGUAAUGAAAUCGAUCGGAAAAUGUUUCUACAAAAAUUCGUUUAUGUUUGUAUUUUUAUAUUUUGUGGUUUUAAAAUGAAUUCAGAAAUUUCUUCCUA